CUUAAUAACUCUCACAAAUGAAAAACUGAUCGUAAUUAGUUAGCUCCAAAAUCCGAAUUAAACCCUCCCCGGCCGCUGCCGGCGUGUAGGCAAAUGGAGAUGGGCGAGCCGUCGUUGUUCGAGCUGGAAAUCGACUCGUUCGCCGGGAGCGGGGCGGAAACCUCGUCGGCGGCGAGGGACGACGAGGACGAGCUGAUUCUGGAAGCAAUCGCCAGGCUUCCGUCGGAGAAGCGGGACAGGUACGCGGUGCAGAGGAGGACGCCUUCGGAAGCGCAAUUGGGGAACGGGCAGCUGACCGAGACCAUCGAUUUGCAUAAAUUGAAAAAGACGGACAGAGAGCUGCUGGUGAAGAAGGCUCUGGCGACCAAUUCGCAGGACAAUUUCAAGCUGCUUUCGGCGAUCAAGAGCCGGCUGGAUCGGGUCGGGAUCGAGGUGACGACGGUGGAGGUGAGAUUCGAGGAGCUGAAUGUGGUGGCUAGUGUGCAGGUUGGAUCCAGAGCUUUGCCUACGCUCGUCAAUGCCGCCCGUGACGCCGUUGAGGGUUUAUUGACAAAUUUGCGGAUCUACAGACCGAAGAAGCAUUCGUUAACGAUUUUGAGCGGCGUCAGUGGGAUUUUGAAGCCGGGAAGAAUGGCAUUGCUCCUUGGACCUCCUGGUUCGGGGAAAUCAACUUUACUCAAAGCUCUUGCAGGGAAACUUGACAAAAACCUCAAGGUAACUGGUAGUGUCCUGUACAAUGGACAGAACUUUGAUAAAUUUUAUGUACGAAGAACUUCUGCAUAUAUCAGUCAAAUCGACAACCAUAUCGCUGAGCUCACUGUAAGAGAAACUUUGGAUUUUGCUGGCCGUUGGCAGGGGCAAAGUGAAGACUUGGCAGAUAUGAUGAAAGAUUUGAUUCGACUGGAAAAGGAAAGGAAUAUACAUCCAAGUCCAGAGAUUGAUGCCUUUAUGAAGGCAGCAUCCGUUCAUGGCAAAAAGCAUAAUGUUGCAACGGACUAUAUCCUAAGAGUUCUUGGAAUUGAUGUAUGUGCGGAUACAUUAGUUGGCAAUGACAUGCUCAGGGGCGUUUCAGGCGGUCAAAAGAAAAGGGUUACCACAGGGGAAAUGAUAGUUGGCCCAAGGAAAACCCUUUUCAUGGAUGAAGUAUCUACAGGACUUGAUAGCUCUACCACCUAUCAAGUCAUAAAAUGCUUAAGGAACUUUGUUCAUUUGAGAGAAGGAACACUGCUGGUUGCUCUUCUACAGCCCCCGCCAGAGACUUUUGAUUUGUUUGAUGACUUGAUAUUAUUAUCUGAGGGACAUGUGGUGUAUCAAGGUCCUCGGGCACAAGUGUUGGAGUUCUUUGAGUCUCUAGGAUUCAAACUGCCCCCUCAAAAGGGUGUUGCUGAUUUCCUUCAGGAGGUGACCUCUAAAAAGGACCAAGGUCAGUACUGGGCGGAUCCUUCGAAACCAUAUGUUUUCAUUUCUGCCCUAGAGAUGGCACAAGCAUUUAAAAGUUCUGAGUGUGGAAGGUCUCUGGCCUCCGCUAUGUCUGUUCCAUAUGACAAAACCAAGUGCCAUCCUAAAGCUUUACCAAAAACGAAAUAUGCUGCAUCCAGAUGGGAACUGUUGAAGACGUGCUUUGCACGGGAAAUUUUGCUUCUUAGCCGGCAUCAAUUUCUAUAUGUAUUCAAAACUUGUCAGGUUGCUUUGAUUGGACUAGUCACUUGCACAAUAUUCACCAGAACGAAAUUGCAUCCUGAAAGCUGUGGUUUGGUCGGUUGCUGUCUACUACUCAGUUGGCUUUGCUCCAGGAAUUUGGAGAGAUCAGCUAUUGGAAAUGAUACUGUAGGUCACAACAUCCUCCACAACUAUAGCUUACCAACUGAUGAUGACUCGUACUGGAUUGGAGUUGGUGUUUUGUUUCUCUAUGCGUUGUUUUUUAAUAUCAUUGUGACACUUGCUCUAGUCUUGCUUCACCCUCUUGAAACGGCUCAAGCUAUUGCCCCGAUUGAUGCUGCAGAAGAAAUCAACAGAAAUAGAGUGGGUACGCAUGAGGAAUCAGGUGAAACAUCUGAGCGAGGAAAUAGAAGGAAAGGGAUGAUUCUUCCAUUUCAACCAUUAGUACUGACUUUCAAUGAUCUAAGCUACUUUGUCGAUAUGCCUAAGGAAAUGCGCCAACAAGGAGAACCAGAAAUGCGGUUGCAGCUCUUGACAAAUGUGAGCGGAGUAUUCUCACCUGGGGUUCUAACUGCAUUAGUUGGUUCCAGUGGAGCUGGAAAAACUACGCUGAUGGAUGUUCUUGCCGGAAGGAAAACUGGAGGGUAUAUAAACGGGGAUAUAAAGAUAUCAGGACAUCCUAAAGUGCAGAGCACAUUUGCUAGGAUUUCAGGGUAUGUUGAACAAAAUGAUAUACAUUCUCCUCAAGUCACAGUUGAGGAGUCUUUAUGGUUUUCUUCAAGUCUACGGCUCCCUAAUGAAGUCACCAAAGAACAAAGACAUGAAUUUGUUGAAGAAGUAAUGAGACUAGGAAUUGCGAAUCCUUCCAUUAUAUUUAUGGAUGAACCUACAUCUGGGCUAGAUGCGAGAGCUGCAGCCAUAGUCAUGAGAACUGUUCGCAAUACCGUUGAUACUGGAAGAACUGUGGUUUGCACCAUUCACCAACCGAGUAUCGACAUUUUUGAAGCAUUUGAUGAGCUACUUCUCAUGAAACGAGGAGGUCGGGUUAUAUAUGGUGGAAAGCUUGGCCUCCACUCUCAGAUUAUGAUAGACUACUUUCAGGGGAUCAGUGGGGUCCCUCCAAUUCCGGAAGGUUAUAAUCCUGCUACUUGGAUGCUCGAGGUCACUAGUACCAGUGUUGAAGAGACAAUAAAAGCAGACUUCGCUGAGUUAUAUAGAACAUCUCAACAGUAUAGGGAGGUGGAAGCUUCAAUCAUGAGUUGGAGUGCCCCUCCUCCUGGUUCUGAACCAUUGCACUUUGCCUCCACGCAUGCACAAGAUUCAUGGUCACAGUUUCGGAUUUGCCUAAAGAAACAGAUGCUUGUAUAUUGGAGAAGUCCACGAUACAAUGCAGUAAGGUUGUUCUACACUAUGAUAGCCGCACUGAUAUUAGGCACUGAAUUUUGGGGCAUUGGAUCUAUAAGGGGUACAACUCAGGCCUUGUCGACUGUUAUGGGAGCUUUGUACAUUUCCUGUAUAUUCCUUGGGGUGAGCAAUGCUACUACGGUGCAGCCAAUAGUGUCCAUUGAGAGAACGGUGUUCUACCGAGAGAAAGCAGCUGGUAUGUACUCCCCUUUGGCCUACGCAGCAGCACAGGGAAUUGUGGAGAUCCCCUACAUUUUGGCUCAGACUAUUGUGUAUUGUAUCAUAACAUACUUCACGAUUAGUUUCGAGCAAGACGCUGCAAAAUUCUUUCUCUACCUGGUGUUUGUGUUCCUUACGUUCACCUACUUCACGUUCUACGGUAUGAUGGCUGUUGGGAUUACCCCUACUCAGAACUUAGCCUCUGUGAUCUCCUCUGCAGUUUACUCCUUGUGGUAUCUUUUCUCUGGGUUCCUUAUUCCAAAGCAGUUCAUUCCAGUGUGGUGGAGAUGGUACUACUACAUCUGCCCUACAGCAUGGACACUGCAGGGGAUUAUCUCGUCCCAGCUUGGUGAUGUGGAAACCAUGGUCAGGGUCCAGGAUUUCGAGUACCCGUGAAGGAGUACUUAAAAGCAAACUACGGCUACUCGACAAACAUGGUCGGACUUUCAGCUGUGGUCCUCGUCUGUUUCUGUCUCCUCUUCUUCUCUGUUUUCGCCAUCUCUGUGAAAGUCAUAAAUUUCCAGAGAAGAUGAGAACCCAAGGAUGAACCCAGCAAGUUCUUCUAGUGUCCCCUACUUAUCAAUCUCUCUCCAUUUCGAUUUAGUUGUGAUUGUUUGGAUAGAUAGGAUUGAUCUCGUAGGAUGAUGAUAUGUUGCAGACUGAAUGCAUACUGUUGUUUGGACUUCUUUGGUUUUGACAGAGGAUGUUAGUAGUAGUUUCAGGGCUGUGCUCUAGUUUCACUUGCUGAUUGGAACUUGCUGCCCAGCAGAGAUAGUGCAUGUACAGAUUGGGUUCCAUGUGGCUUAUUCAUUUUUGUCAACAUAAAUGGGGGAGAAAUGGUGUGAAUAGAACCCUAUUAAAGGAAAAAAGAUGAUACUGACAAAACCUAACCUUUGUCAGCAACACAACCGGAUUGACCGUUGAAAAAAGAAAAAUGGAGCAGGUAAAUCAGUCAACUGGUUGAACGAGACCCCUACCAAUACCAUGCUAGUUUAUGUUUUUUAAACUUUUGAUAAUUAACACACUAACAACCAUGCCAGAAUUAAACAAGGGCUUUCCGGAGGAAGUAAGUUCCAAUAGUGUAAUUCAGAAUUGUUAUCCAUCGCCGUUCUUCCCCCUCACAAACAAAAAAAGAAUUGUUAUCCAUCACGGAUCACAAGACACGUGAACUAACAACAAUUAACGCGUUAUAAUCUCAGCCUCAUUCGGCCAUAUAUGAUAUAACGUCCCAGCUGUAUCUUUCGGUACACGGUAAAUUAGAAUUGAGAAUAGGGUUGCAAAUGAAUCGAGCUAAAUCGUGUUUUGAUCUAUUGAAGGCUCAAUUCAUAAAAAAAAAAAUACUCGAGCUCGAGCUCUACUUGUUUACUAAAACAUUGAAUCGUGCUAAACUUGAGUCUGACUCGAGUUUGCCUCAUUAAUGAGCUAAUGAGCUCAAUUUACUCGAGUUUGGCUCAAACACAAGUCAUUUAUGAUUUUAAAAUGGUUAAAGCAUAGCAUAAACUCUAAAAUAUUUAUACAUUCAGACUAUAAUAUAUAUAUAUGAUACAUGUGAUUAAUAUAAUAAGAGGAACAAAUGAUAUUGGACUUUUUAUUAUUAAUUUAUAUCACACAUUUAUAUACUAUGUCGAUAUCAUAUUUAGUUCACAUAUUCUAACUAGUUCACAUCAUAUGUUACUUUUCGUCAUUAGAAUCUAAAAAAUUUUGUAAUACAUAAUUUCUCUUGGAAAUUAUAAAUAAGACUUAUUUUGGCCAAGUACACAGUUUUUUUUUAUAUAUAUAACAAGUAGGCAAAGUUUUAAACCAUCAUAUGUGAAAUAUAUAAUCUAAUAAGUCUAUAAACUAUCAACAAGCCAACUCAUAAAAUAUAAUCAAUUAACUAAUAAACAACUAGUCAAACUACAUCGCUACACACAUUGUCGAAUCCACUCAGGAACUGAGCUAAAUGAGUCACCAAGUCAAACUAACUUGCGAGUUUCACUAUCUGAACUAAGUAUAACCACUCUUAACUCAUUUGCGGAUCUAAUUGGGAAGAAAUUUAUUUUCAUCGAUUGAGCUCCACCGGGUGCCUACAUAUGGCCCUACCAAGAUCACAAGCAUGUGCAUCAGCCCAGCCAUCCAUUCCUGACUUUCCUUCUUCAAUCUGAGUUUCUCUCCAAAAAACAUAUGCCUCCUUUUCCAACAAAGGCAUGGAUCUAAAUCUGAACUGAACAUCUCCAUAUCCAAACAAAACCCGCAAGCAUGAUUCUUGAUAUGAACACAGUCCCCAGAAGAGGAUAUUUCAUGCACGAACUUUUUGCCUCUGGAUGCAUGCACAGCAGAAAGUAGAAGCCUUCCUCUCAGAUCUAUGAUUCAAUCAAGGGGAUCCCAGAUC